AUGGACAAGUUUCCAGCAGAAAUCUUUCGCUUGAUCAUUAAAGGGGUAACGAGCACCUCUGAUCUCAAAAACCUCCGUCUUGUUUCGAGAUCCUUCUCAGUUCUAGUCACCGAAAAGCUGUUCUCGCACUAUAGUGUGAAUCUACAGAAUCUAAAUGAAGGAUACGAUGACAAUAAUGAAGACGAGGAGUCUGAAAAGGUUGCAGAGAUAGACUCAGCCAUUCCGCGCACCAAUUUGGAGAAGAUCAUCUGUGUACCACAUCUCAAGCAAGCAGUUCGUUCUGUCCGUUACACCACCAGUCUUGAACCCUAUGCAAAUUCGUAUCUCGAUUCCUACGCGGAGAAACACCCCCCACAGCAUUUCAAUAUCUCGAUGAAAAGAAUCAUUGAAAAAUGUAACAGGUUCCCUAACCUCACCACCGUCGCAGUCGAAUUUGCAGAAUUUUGUACAUAUUUGGGCGAGGAGGAUGAAAGAGGAUUCUAUCUUACCCCAGCAGAAGACAGCCAUGAAUAUCGUAUUGCUGUUCUCAAAGAAUUGUUUCGUUCCUUGAAUGACCCAAGGUAUCCUACACCCUCACUUACCACACUUUCCCUCAAGAAUCUACAAAAUGUCAAUGAUGCGAGCUUGACCGGAUCAAAAGACUUCCUUGCGGUUUUGAAAAGAAUCACGAACUUGCGUAUGAGAAUCGUUGUCGAGUAUGAAAAGGCAACCCCUGAAUCUUCAUGGUCUCUUCCGCCUAUGCAUGAUUUCUUUACCGAGCUUCCUUCUACAUGGCUGGUGCCCUGCGCUAAGAAUCUCACCUCGCUCACUAUUCACUGUAUUCAUUGGUGGGGUUAUUUUCCCAAGUGUGAUUGGAGAAGUGUGCAUUUUCCAAAAUUGAAGAAGUUGGAAUUGGGCAACUACACUUUUUCGCACGAUUGGCAAUUGGAUUGGAUUUUAUCUCAUGGAAAAACGUUGGAAGUUCUGAAAUUCGACGAUUGUCCAAUACUCGCAGGGACUAGACACUUGGGGGAUCUCGAUGAUGAGAACUAUGCUAUGACUCCCAUGGAUAAUGGAGGCGCUCCCACUAUCUGGCAUUACAAAACAAAAUGGUCCGACUAUUUUCAGAAGAUGCAAAAUGAUCUGCCUAAGCUUCGCCUUCUUCAGGUUGGAUCUGGAGUAUGGGAAAUGGGUGAAAACUUCGACGGUGGUGAGAUAAGGUUGGCUGAAGAGCCUACUAAAGCUGUGAGCGGAAUAUACAAUAGGUUUGAUCCUCCAAUUGCGUACCCAUACAAAUAUUUCAAGAGGAACCGAUUUUCUACCCCAUGGGUGGAUGAAAGUCACUUUCCAGAGAAUAGUUUCAAUGAGAAGCCGGUAGGAGGUCUCUAUGAUAAUGACAAAAGAUCUCAGUCAGAGAGAUCAGUCUAG